AGGGAGGCGUCGUGAGGUUUGCUUGGGAUUGAAGGGCUUGGCGAAGAACGAGACUCAUCGCUCGGAUGAUGACGGAAGCGAUGGAGAGGGUUUGCGGGGUUGCGGGCCAUAGACGAUGACGGGAAAUGCUGUGCUGCUGCAUUUGUGUCUCCUCUGUACCUGCUUUCGCUCACGUCUCCUCUUGCCACACCUCAUGCGCACUUCAUUGGAAAAAGCAGUUCUCUUGCUCAUUCCUCCCUUGCUUGCCUCCAGCCAUAAAACUGAGGGCAGGGCUUCGACGGGUUUGGAGGCUCGGUGGGAGUGUUAGCUUGGUUGAAAUUGGAGUUGUUGUAGGUGUCAUUUGACGAGGGAGUGGUUAAGGACGAGGAAGAAGAGAGGGAGAGCGAGCGAGCGAGCGAGAGAGAGAGAGAGAGAGAGAGAGAGAGAGAGAGUUAGGGUGUUGUUGUGUGAAGGGUGAUUAGUUAGGGUAAGUUGUUGGAGGAGAGUAGAAUGAGCUUUGAGAAUUGAGCGUGUUAACGAUGACGGUUGAUUGGAAGGCCGGGAUGGGAAGGAAGGAGAAGUUCGGGGCGGUGAGGAGGAUGGACGACGGAUAAGGGAGAGUGGUUGUGUAGGUAGAAGAGUAAGGAGAAGGAACAGUUGACGAAGGUUGGAGGAGGUUUUGAAGGUGAAGGUGGACUUAUUCGAUCUAUCAAGAGUUGAGUUCGACUUUUGUUAUGGACCCAGCGUUAUGGGGGAACCUACCGGAUCAUGUCCUCGACCACGUCCUGGUCCAGUUGCCGCUACCAGUGCUUAGUCGAUUCAGGUGUGUUUGCAGACGCUUCUACUCUCUUUCCGCAUCGCGAAGCUUCUUGAAGUCGUACCCGGUGAGCUUGAGCCCUGUGUCGUUCCCACAGCCAUGGCUGGUGCACACCUAUGCUGCUGCCUCUAAUGCGUACAAUCCGGCCGCCAACAAUUGGUUCGAACUCUCGCCGUACUUCAUACCGGACCCAUGGUUCUCUAACGUGAUGGCCUCCAUGAGCGGGCUUGUGCUACUCUCCCCCCUCGCCAAGGGAGCUUGCCGCCCCGUGAGGAUUGUAGUCUUCAACCCUUACACAGGAUUUGAGAAGCGGUUGCCGCCGAUCGGUCAUCCCUCUGCGGCGCAAAUGCUUGUCGAUCCUAGUGGAGAUAACUACCAAAUCUUCGCUAUAUGUGAGGAUCCGGACUCGGAGGAAGAACGCGAGCGAUGGUUGCUGCACCGAUAUACCUCAUCAAGCAACGGCUGGGGGGUCUUGUCCUCACAGCUUCCCAUUGGAAUUUUCCCCGGUAGCGCUACAAUCGACGUCUGUAAUGGCAUUGUCUAUUGCACAGUGGGCUACCGAACACCACAAUUUGGAAUCUGGGCGUUCGACAUGGCGGAGAGAAGAUGGUCACGAGUGAGACUUCCCUUCCUGCCUUCCUAUGCUCGGUGUCAGCUCGUCUCAUGCGGCAAGCGACUCAUGCUCAUCACGAGAAUGAAAGGUGAGGCAUCCACGAACGCAGCGGCUGUGAUCCAUAUUUGGCAGUUCGACCAUGCCCUUAAAGAUUGGAUGACCACCCUUGAACUUCCAGAUGAAAUGGCAGUGCAGAACGACAAUUGCCGAGGAAGCUUUUCUUGCUGUGCACAGGGGGAUUUACUUUACAUUAUCUCCGGAGCAACGCGUGAGAUCAACGUUACGGUGUUCAAUUUGGCCACAAAGAAUGUGCAAUACGCCCCGCCCCUCGUUGCUGCUGUGAACUCCAGCAAAACUUUUCCUUUCUAUCCCAGGCUAUCAACUCUUGUUUGAUGAGCUUGCUGCAGAGGAUGCUUGGAGUCAAUUUUCUGGAGUUCUUGCUGAGGUGAUUUCCUUGAACGGGAAUCGGAAUAAAUUUCAGUUUCGGCUGUGGAAGGUUCGUACUGAUUGGUGGAAGACUUAGCUGUCGUAUAUUUUACAUAAGCCUGAGUGAGGCUUGUCCUGCAGGAGGGCUAAGUAUGGUUGUAUCUGUUGUGCGAAGCAUGUCUGUUGCGUAUCACCAAUGGCAUGGCUUUGGAGGAUUGUGUACUUCUUUUGAAGUCGUACUCGGGUAUAAUAAAGUUUUCAUUUACGACGAA